GUGAAAAACCGGUGUGCACACACUUGGCACGUCAAAUACCACAAUUCCACCAAUUCCGUUAUUAAUUUGUGUCUCAUGUUGCGAAUUCUCGCGGCUCUCGAUUACUAUAGACGUAAAAAAUACUGAAAAAUUGUUCAUUACGUAGAGGACAAAUAAAUAGUGGCGAUAAAAUGGGCAAACCGAAGAGGGGAAAGCGAACGGGAAAGGACGACGAUUUUGACAGUGACGUUGACGUCGAUGAGCUGUCAAAUGCUGAUUCAGUGCAAGACAAAUCAAAAUCAAAAGACAAGAAGGGCAAGAAGUCCGAUGAUAUCGAUGAUUUAACCAGUGAUUUGCAGAAGAUGAAAGUGGAUAAGAAGGGAAAGAAAGGAAAAAAAUCUAAACGUGGAGAUGAUGACUCGGAUGAUGAGUCGAUUACCAAGGGGAAGGGUAAGAAUCAAGGUGAUUCUGACUCCGAGUCAGAGAAGAAAUCAAAGUCCAAGAGCAAGAAGGGGAAGAAGGCUGCUGCAGGUGGUGAUGAUUCCGACGAAGAAGCCAAUUUGAAAUCGAAGGGGAAGAAGGGAAAUCGUGGGGGUGAUGAUUCCGAGGAUGAGUCCGACUCGGAACAUGAGAGGAAAGGCAGAGCCAAGGGGAAGGCCAAGGGGAAGAAGGGAAAACGGGGGGAUGAUGAUGACGGUGAUGAUGAAUUCCCGGACAAGGCUCCUGAGGGGAAUAACUUAAAAGGGAAGAAUAAAGGGAAAACGAAAAAGGGGAGGAAGGGGUCGGUUCCUGAUGGUGAUGACGAUGACGUUCCUAUUCAAUCAUCCACGUUCAAACCGCAGGCGGCUAAAGGUGGCUUUGCUCUUCUGAAUGUCGAAGGGGACGACGACGUUGACGAUGACGUUGAAGAGCCACCCCAGAGUGAUGAUGAAUCCGAGCAAAUUCGAAGUGUCGAGAGAUCCUCAAGCAAGUCUAAGCCCCAACAGAAGCAAGAGCCCCAGGGGAAAAAGGGGAAGAAGAAGAAGAAGAAACAGGACAGCGACGACGAGCUGGAGAAAGCCCUGGCUGAAUUAGAAAUUGAGUAUUCUGGGAAGAAGCCUGACAAGCAGGAGCCUGAAGCUCCUGUUCAGGCAGUUAAUGAUGUUGAGGAGGACAAGGGUAAAAAGGGGAAGAAGGAUAAGGGUAAACAACUGGAGAAGAAGGCUGAGAGUGAAGCUAGGGAUGACGAGGUCGAGGCUGAGGAGGGCAGUACUGUUAAGACAGCGGCGCAGAAGAAGAAGGAGAAGAAGGAGCGGGAGAAACAGAAAAAAUUGGCACAGAAGAAGACUGAGGCUGGUAAACAAGACGGUGACACUGCCAAAGUUCCCUCGACGGAGAAGCCCCCCGAGAAGAAGCCAGAGCCCUCGGAGAGGUCGGAAGAGCCAUCUGAAGCCGACGCAGACGGCGAAGACAGUAAAAAGAAGAAGAAGAAGGGUGCAAAGGAGGAUCCAAAGGACAAGGGCAAGGGUCCCAGCAAGAAGAUCAUAGCAGCGAUGCAGGAGGCCCUGAAGAAAGCAAAAGAAGAAGAGGAACGAGCUCAGCAAGAGGAGGAGGAGCGAAUACGCCAGGAGGAGCUCAGGGAGAAAGCUCGCCUGGAGCAGCUGCAGCUCGAGCAGGAGCGAAAGGAGAAGAAAAAGUUGAAGGAGAAACAGAGGAAGGAGCGUCUCAAAGCGGAGGGAAAACUUCUCACAACGAAGCAGAAGCAGGACAGGGCGAGGGCCCAGGCGAUGCUGGAGGCACUGAAGGCUCAGGGAAUGGAAAUACCAGAGGCUGGUGAGAAAAAGCCGAAGAUGAAGCUGGGAACGAGGAUAAGACCGAAUAAAUUAAAACAGCAGACGAGCACUGAGGAGAAGGAGGACGAGAAGAAGGACGAGAGAAAGCCUGAGCAGAUUGAGCUCGAAAUAAUUGAUAAUCAAAAGGGUGAGAAGAAGGAGGAGGACGAGGUCAAGGACAGUUGGGAUGCUGUCAGCAGUGAGGACGAGCUGGAGGACAAGUCAGACGAGGCUGGAAAGCCUGAGGGACCUCAGCAGGGGGACAAAAUGCCGGAAAAAUCGGAGAAGAAGGAGUCGUCGGAGAGUGAGUCUGAGAGUGGAAGUGAGACUGAGUCGGAGUCUGAGGAGGAGAGUGAGGACGACAGUGUCGAUGACAGAUUGACUGAUGCUGAGAGGAAGAGGGAGAAGGCUAGGCUGAGGAUACAGAAUCGUAGGGUUGAGGCUGAGAAGAAUAAGAGUAUUGAGAACCUCAGGGCUGCUGUUGUUUGUGUGCUGGGCCAUGUGGACACUGGAAAAACAAAAAUUCUGGAUAAAUUGAGGAGGACUAAUGUCCAGGAUGGCGAGGCUGGGGGGAUCACACAGCAGAUUGGCGCCACUAAUGUGCCUAUCGAGGCCAUUCAGGAGUCCACGAAGCAUGUUAAAGGGUAUGGGGACAAGAUUUUCAAGAUUCCUGGGCUCCUGAUCAUUGAUACACCUGGACAUGAGUCGUUCAGCAAUUUGAGAAAUAGGGGUUCGUCGCUUUGUGACAUUGCUGUUCUUGUUGUUGAUAUUAUGCAUGGACUGGAGCCACAGACGCUGGAGAGUAUUGGACUGUUGAAGGCGAAAAAGUGCCCUUUUGUCGUUGCUUUGAAUAAAAUUGAUAGGCUUUAUGACUGGCAGACCAUGAAUCGUAAGGAUGUACAGGAUAUUAUUAAAACUCAGGGACCAAACACUCAGAGGGAAUUUGAGAAACGAUCGCAGGAUGUUAUUGUUCAAUUUGCUGAGCAGGGACUCAAUGCUGCACUUUUUUAUGAAAAUCCCGAUCCCAGGAGUUAUGUUUCUUUAGUACCUACAAGUGCUAUCACUGGUGAGGGGAUGGGAAAUUUAUUAGCACUUCUGGUCGAUGCCUGCCAAGGACCCCUUGCUAAACGUCUCAUGUACAGCGAGGAACUCCAAGCAACUGUUCUCGAAGUUAAAGCACUGCCUGGUCUUGGUACAACUAUUGAUUGCAUUCUAGUCAAUGGUACACUGAGGGAGGGUGAUACCAUGAUUGUUGCUGGAACUGACGGUCCAAUUGUCACGCAAAUUCGAUCGUUACUCAUGCCACAGCCACUCAAGGAAUUGAGGGUCAAGAAUGCGUAUCAGGAGUAUAGGGAGGUGAAGGCUGCUCAGGGAGUCAAAAUAGCUGCUAAGGACCUCGAGAAAGCCAUUGCAGGAUUGAAUCUAGCAGUGGCUCAGAAACCCGACGAGGUAGACAUUAUGAGAGAAGAAAUAGCGAAAGAAUUGUCGAAGGCACUUGGAAACAUAAAAUUAGCAGAGCGAGGUGUGUUCGUUCAAGCCUCAACACUCGGUGCCUUGGAGGCACUCCUGGACUUCCUGAAGAGCAGCAAAAUUCCGUACGCUGGUAUAAGAAUUGGCCCAGUGGUGAAGAAGGACGUGAUGAAAGCGUCGAUAAUGCUGGAGCACGACAGCCAGUAUGCAACGAUAUUGGCGUUUGACGUUAAAAUUGAGCGUGACGCCCAAGAGUUAGCUGACUCGCUCGGUGUUAAGAUAUUCCAGGCGGACAUCAUCUACCAUUUAUUCGACAAGUUCACCGCCUACAGGGAGGAGCUGAAGCAGCGAAAACGAGAUGAGCAUAAACACAUAGCUGUUUUUCCCUGCAAACUUCGUGUUCUGCCGCAGUAUGUAUUCAACUCGAGGGAUCCUAUUGUCGUGGGUGUGAUGGUCGAGGCUGGAAUCGUCAAAGAGGGAACACCAGUUUGCGUACCCAGCAAGGACUUUGUUGACCUGGGUGUGGUAACGAGUGUUGAGUACAACCACAAGGCCGUCGAGUCGGCGCGAAAGGGCCAGGAGGUGUGCGUGAAAAUUGAGCCGGUGCCUGGUGAAGCACCCAAGAUGUUUGGACGACACUUUGACGAGAAAGAUAUGAUUAUCAGCAAGAUAAGCAGACAGAGUAUAGACGCCUGCAAAGAUUACUUCCGGGACGAUCUAGUGAAGACCGACUGGCAAUUGAUGCUAGAACUGAAGAAGCUCUUCCAAAUUCUGUAAGCCCUGAAAACCGUGGCCUCCAAGCAAUUUUUUUAUUCCCGAAUAAUCAUCACGAGUGGAUUCACUCAACAUGUGAAUCUCCAGCCCAACAAGAAUAAACAAUAAAAAAAUAAAUAAACUACUGCCUGCACCGCUGAAGGAUAAACAAGGGAGCAGAAAUGAGGAAAUGAGCAAAUCGACAGUGUCAGGGCACAUCGCGGGGGAAUGCAAUCAUUGCCAAUGAAUCGACACAAUAAAACCGAGAAUUGCGUGAACACCUUUGUGACGGCUGACUGAAAUUAGUGAUUGGUUUCCUCUUAAUACCACGUCAUCCUCUCUCGACCUUCCUCAGCCGAUUCAUUCAUGUUUUUGCUCUUUUCCAUUCAAUUCCUUUAUUUUCAUCAAUCACGUUUGCCCCUUGUUCCACGAAGACACGUCACCCCUCAUUUUUCCACGUCAUACCUAUUAAUUGUAAAUAGCCGAGCCUUAAUGGGGAUAAGGACAAUGAACAAUUUUUCAUUUACGAGAAUAAUAAUCAUGUGAAGAUGGUGAGGAAGGUUUAAGAACAAUGAUUAAGUGCUUUCGUGGUACGAGUGGAGAAGUACGAACAGCUGAGGGGCCUGUGGUACUUAAGGCUUCUGCGUGUUUCGGGGGAAAUUUUCCCGAUAGAUAGAUCAGAGUAGAUAGGCUACAGCCAGUGGUGAACAUAAUAAAUCAUUGUUUGAUACGAAAUUCAGUCGACUAAUUGCAUCGAUUUAUACGUUAUUUUUUGUUUUCAUUUGUACGGUGGAUGUAGAGGGGUGGAAACAAUUCGCUGUGAUGUAUUCUUUAAUGUGAAAUUUGGUGAUAAUGGGAGUUUGGUGGAUUGUUUCGAUCUUUCGUGCAUGAGAAUAAAUUUACUGAUUUUAUUCAUCAGGUUUGGAGCA